AUGCAUUCCCUGAAUUUCAGCCUCAUUAUCCACGUCCAAGGAACAUGGAUACUUCUGAAGCGCCAGGUUGCAACUACCGGCCGCCGCCACCAUCACCAUCAACUCAAUUCCUCCAAUCGUUCACGCAAAACCCAGGCUCUACUAACACCAAGGACGUGA